AUGCCUGGGUUGGACGUAAAAACUAGCUGGGGCAACCUUAGUCCCUACGCAGAUGCGCUGGGCUUCGGCAUCUCUCAAGGAUAUCCGGUGGGUUGUGAACUGUCGCAGGUUCACGUACUUCAUCGCCAUGGCCAGCGAUAUCCCACAGAAUGGGACGGCGGUAGCAUGGAGAAAUUCGCUCAGAAGCUGGGCAAUUACUCCAAGAAGAACCCGGACCGCAAGGUCGGCAUCGGCCCGCUGGAGUUCCUCCAUGGUUGGGAGUAUACGCUAGGCUUGGACAUGCUACUGCCCACUGGUGCUGCUACAGAAUCUACAUCUGGUGCACUGUUCUGGAGCAUGUACGGCCAUCUGCUAUAUCGUGCUGGUCCAGGUGAUGCUAAAUAUGACUCGUCGUUAAACGUGUAUCCCAACGGCACGGUCCGCCCAAAGCCCAUAUUUCGCUCGACCUCGCAGCCUCGCAUACUCGAGAGUGCGCGCUGGUGGUUAAGUGGUUUCUUUUCCGACACGGAUUCCAACAGCUCUGAGAGGGAGUACGACCUGACUAUUAUUCCCGAGCAGAAUAAUUUCAACAGCACCCUAUCCCCGACGUCUUCUUGCAAGAAUGGCAGUUUUGUUGGAUUCAGCGCGGCCGAAGCCUUUUCCCCGGCCCUGACCAACGGCGCUCUCAAGCGGUUAUCCAAGUUUUUACCCGAUGAUUUCGACCUCGACGCCAUGGACGUCAGCGCCAUGUUCAGCCUGUGUCCCUACGAGUACGCGGCUUUGGGCCGGUCAUCCUUCUGCUCAUUGUUCACAGAGCAGGAAUGGCGCGACUUCCAAUAUUCCCUCGACCUGGCCUUCUACGGCAGCGCCGGCUUCGGUAGUCCCAGCGGUCGUGCCCAUGGUAUUGGCUACGUUCAGGAACUGGCUGCACGUCUAGAGUCGCGUCUGAUAAUUAGUAGUGAGAGUAGCAUCAACUAUACGUAUGAUGACAAUACUAAGGACUUUCCGCUCGGCCAGCUAUUCUACAUGGACAUGUCCCACGACGAUGUCAUUAUCUCAACGCUGACUGCGCUGGGUCUCAACUACUUCAAUGCUGGCCUCCACGGCCUGUCAACCUCGGUCCCACACGCACCUUCUCAUAACAGGUUCAACAUGAAUCAGGUCGCACCUUUUGGUGCACGUCUUUUUUCUGAAGUUUGGACCUGCCCUAAGGGUGCGUCCUUAGAUCGGCUCCAGGAGAAGAUGUACAAGAAUCCGGAUCUUUCAUCCCAGUCAGAUACCACGGGUUACGUCCGUUUUGUACUGAACAAUGCGCCUGUGUCGGUGGAUGGGCUGUGUGACAACGCUGUAAAUGGAUUCUGUUCCCUCGGGGCCUUCCUACGUCAGGUGCCUAAUCUGACCAAGGAGGCUAUGUACCAGGAGGCGUGCUUUGGCAAUUACAACAUCACGACUCAAGUCUCCAACGGUCAGCCAAUACCGUCUUGA